GCAAUUCAUCAGAUCAAGAGACAGUCACGAAAAUUGAAUACGAUGUAUAAAAGAAGUUAUACUAGGUAUUUCGUGAUUAGAUUCCCAUGUUCGAGACCUAAUCUUCAUCGCUGUCACAGAGACGUAAGAAAUCACGUAAAAUAAACAACAGUAGAUGAAAAUCAUUUUCCAAUCAUACAAGAAAUCUGAUAGCUCAGCCAAAGGCAAAAAACAGCUCAUAAAUAGAGGAGCCGUGCUGUGAUAACUCAUCCUGUACAUGUAAUUUGCCGUAAUGACUUGAAGCUAAAAAAUGGAUCACAAGCUAUGGAUUUUAGGGUUGGUCUUUCGCCUCGUGCUAGCGGUAAGCUGGUACAAGGUUCGGGGUAGCGAAUAUACGAAACAACUCUUGCAGAACACAUCCAACGUUGAUGAAAUAUUGGCAAAUACAAGUAUUUCGUUGGCAUUUGUGUUUGACCGCACAGGGAGCAUGUACGAUGAUCUGGUACAAGUUCGCGCUGGUGCUAAGAGAAUAUUUAAUAGGACUAUAAAUACUGGUGAUUCGCCAGUUCGGAAUUACAUUCUGGUACCAUUCCGCGAUCCUGACGUGGGACCAGCCUUCCAAACGAAGGACCCAGUGAAGUUUCUAAACGCCUUAAAUAAUAUCUACGUGCGUGGCGGGAAAGAUUGCCCAGAAAUGAGCGUCACAGCAAUAAAAAAGGCCUUAGAACUUAGUCUUCCUGGCUCGGUUAUUUACGUUUUCACAGACGCCGAGGCUAAAGAUUACCGAGUACUGCCCGAAGUUGUACGACUUGUGAAGGAAAAGAAAAUCAGAAUAAAUUUCAUUUUGACUGGAAACUGUGGACUUGACAACAACUUCACAGAUCAGGAAACUUACGAAAAAAUAGCAACUUUAUCCUCAGGACAAAUUGUUAAUCUAAAUAAAUCCGAAGUUAGAAAAAUCUGGGAAUUCGUUGAAGUUUCUAUUAACCCAAAUCGUAGAAACAUUUACUCCGUAGAUAAACUUACCAGGGGGGAGCGUACUUAUGUUGUUGAGGUUGACGAAGUUAUGGACAUAGUCGUAAUAACUGUCAGCGGUGAGGAGAUUGAGGUCACGAUUAGGGAUAGUUCGGGUGAAUUGGUGUUUCUUAAGGAUGAUAAUGUCGAUGUAUUGUUAAACAUGGACUCAGUAGUUUCUGUAUUAAUCAACGAUCCACGACCUGGAAACUGGAGCAUUACUGUUCGUAGUAAUGGAAAGCAUACCUUGAGGGUGGAGGCAAUUAGUGAGAGUUGGGGAGAAUUUAAACCAAGUCACUCUGUGGAGGUUAUACCAGAAAUCGAUGAAUGCACGCGCGGAGUUCACGACUGUAAAUCUGAAGAACGAUGUCUUGACCUACCUUACGGAUUUACCUGCGAGAAGAAAUGUUCAGAAGGUUAUGAAGCGACAAGAGGUGUUUGUACUGAUGUUGAUGAAUGUGUUCAACAUGAUGGCAUUUGUGGAGAUCGCAGAUGUGUAAAUACUCGUGGAAGUUAUCGUUGUAUAAAGGUUUGUCGUCAAGGUUUUCAAGGAAGAAGAAAUAAGUGCAUUGAUAUAAACGAAUGCUCUCAAAAUCCAAUAAUUUGUGGUGAAGAGGAAUGUUUAAACACCCCAGGAAGUUAUCGCUGUCAGGAAAAGUGUUUACAAGGUUUUACGCGUGAUGAGAAUGGUUAUUGUAAAGAUGUGAACGAAUGCUUGAAGUACGCUUCAAUAUGUGGUAGUAAGGAAUGUGUCAAUAUUCAAGGAAGCUAUCGUUGCCUGGAAAAUUGUCCUCGAGGAUUCGAACGGAAAAAGAAUGGUGAUUGUGAAGAUACGAACGAAUGUUCCAAGUAUUCUUCCAUCUGUGGAGGUCGGGAAUGUUUUAAUAUCCAAGGUGGUUAUCGUUGUCUUGAAAAAUGCUCACGUGGAUAUACCCGUGAUGAAGAUGGCUCGUGCCAAGAUACAGAUGAAUGUUUACAAAAUCCAACAAUUUGUGGCGAUCAAAAUUGUAUAAACACCCCAGGAAACUACAGAUGUCUGAAGAAGUGUUCACGUGGAUUUACACGUGAUGAAAACGAUUCGUGUAUAGAUGUUGAUGAAUGUGUUAAAUAUUCUACGAUUUGUGGUGGCAAAGAUUGCGUCAAUAUUCCUGGAAGUUAUCGUUGUUUAGAUAAAUGCAUGGUCGGAUUUAAACGCGACGAAAAUGGGUAUUGUAAAGACGUGGACGAGUGUCUGGAACAGCCACAGAGGUGUAAACAUAUGUGUGAAAAUACAGUUGGUGGAUUUCGAUGUUUGUGUCCACGGGGAUCACGACUAGCCAAUGACGGCACUACUUGUUUACGUAUAAAUGGCUGUCCUCUUCGAGGAUAUGGAAGAUGUCAGUAUCAAUGUAAUACGGCAACAGGAAGAUGCGAAUGCCCCAGAGGAUAUAGACUACAUUGGGAUGAAAUAUCAUGUCUAGAUAUUAACGAGUGUUUGACAGGAGAACAUGCAUGUGAAACCCGAGAAUGCUUCAAUACUCUGGGAAAAUAUCAUUGUUUAAAUGUUUCAUGUCCACAAAGUUACUAUCCAACCACUGAUGGCUACUGUACAAUGCAGUGCUUCUAUCAAGCCAACCAAUGCCCCUCUCAAUACACCAAACUACAACACACAUCCAUUAGUAUACCUCGUGAUCUCCCAGUAAACACAGACUUCCUAAACCUCCAACCCUAUAUCCCCCAAACAACCGAUAUGUUCUGUGCGAUCUACUUUUAUCCAGUACAAGAAAGUAACCAUCUUUUUGGCGUCUAUCAGAUUGACCAAACUGGGAUAUUGUAUAACAGAGUAGUGUUCAACGAUCCUGGAUUUUACCAGUUCAGAGUUGUGUCUGAUUAUUUAGACGGUUUUGGCAAUACUGUCAGUAGAACUACAUUUCAAGUAUUUGUUGACGUUGGAGAUUAUACUUUUUAAGGCUCUCGGCAGACCUUCGUUUAAUUAUGUAGAUUGCAGUUUUCGGGAACAUGAUAAUAUAUGUAAUAUAUGCAUGUACAUACUUUAAUUGCCGAUAUUUGAACAGUGCGGGGUUCAAUUUCUACACGAAUAAUAUAACGCAGGCUAAAUUCCGCAGGCUCUAACAAGGCAAAUAUACCAUAAUAUCUAUUUAGGGUUAAACUUUAAAAAUCCUAUUUUUACCCAAAUUUUGCAUCGUAAUUGGAAACUUACAAGCAUUACAUUACACUACACAAAUUAGAUGAUUCAAGUUCGGCAAGUUGUUUCAGGCUGUGCAUAGGCAGCCCAGAAACGUUUUCGUUCUCGUGGCGCUCGCGCGUGUACGCGAGUCUAUACUCGGUCUAUUAUACUCGGUCUAUUAUACUCGGUCUAUUAUACUCGGUCUAUUAUUAUUACCGAACUGUGACAGAGUGUUAUAAUAAUAGACCGAGUAGACUUGCGUACACGCGCGAGCGCCACGAGAACGAAAACAUUUCUGGGCUGCCUAUGCAUGGGCUGUGGCGUUGUGAUUCAAAUAUAAUUAUAUACUGUAAUGCAUGUAUACUGCAUGAUAACAAAUGAAAAAUGCUAACAAACCUGGAUUAUUGGGAUUCGUAAUUUUGCACCAAUCUAUCUCAUCAAUAAUCGCCGUAAUACAUAUCUUUCUCAUUUUGGUACUCGUUUGCA